UUAUCUUGUAUGAAAUGUAGAUUCGAUUCAAUUUAUUUAUUAUCAAUAUUAUUUUACUUGUCCAAGCAACAAUAAAACAUCAUCUUCCACAAAAUCAAGCAUAUAUCAAAUUAUUUCACAUAAGCGAAAUUUAUUCGUAUUUUUUACGACUUCUCGUCUUGACGGGAAUUGAUUCGUGGUUACACGGUGCACGUGGUAUUUCACCAAGGAUACAUUUUUUUAUCAUUUGUAUUCACCAACUUGUGAUAAGUGAUUGCAAAGUACAUGCAUAAUUACGCAUUUCAACAAUUCAUUUUGUUGUAACCUGGGAACAGAGUACCGUCAAAACGAUUAUCGUUUACAUAAAUGUUUAGGCAUUUCACUGGAUUGGCGCGUGGCUACAAAAGUUUAAGUUAUACCAUAGCGAAAGAUUACUACAUCCUGCGUAAAAUGAGCGGAGUAAAUCCUAAUACAGCUGGGAUUCCUCUGACACAAGUUUUAGACGCGUUGAAAACGUUUGCUGAUCUACCCCUCGCAGCAUCAUGGGAUAACGUGGGACUGCUCGUCGAACCUACGGAAGAAAAACUGAUCUCGCAUAUACUUUUAACGAACGAUCUAACCGAAGAUGUGAUGCACGAAGCCUUAAAUUUAAAAAUUGACAUGAUCGUUACGUAUCAUCCGUUGAUAUUCGCACCAAUGAAGUCUGUAACAACUCGAUCGUGGAAGGAGAGAAUCGUGGCCAAAUGUUUAGAAAACAAAAUAGCUGUGUAUUCACCGCAUACCACUUUCGAUUCGGUAAAAGGUGGCGUAAACGAUUGGUUGGCAUCGGCAUUCAAACAUGUACUUAGCAGUAGCAAACCGAUAGAAGCGAAUGAAACCAAUAGCGAGUAUGGUUUCGGACGAUUCUGCACUUUGAAAAAGAAAAUCGCUAUCGAGCAAGCUGUGGAAUUGGUGAAAGAGCUCACCGGCUUGGAACACGUGAGAUUGGCGCGUGCUCGUCAAACAGAUGGUUUGAUCAGCACUGUUGCAAUUUGCGCUGGGUCUGGGGCAACCGUUUUGAAGGAUCAGUCCGCCGAUCUGUACCUCACAGGGGAGAUGUUGCACCACGAUGUCCUCGAUGCGGUACACAAGGGAGUCAACGUCAUAUUAACGAACCAUUCCGAUUCCGAGCGUGGUUUUCUAAAAUCGUUUUCUUGCACCUUGCAUGAUAUGCUAAACAAAUCUGUGAAAGUGAGCGUAUCCUUAAGGGACGCGGAUCCUCUGAAAACUGUUUAAUUACACGAGUAAAAGGUGAGACCAGUUACCAUUAACGAGGGAUGAAAUUUUUGGUUGUCGUAUGUGAUAAAAUUUUAUUAUUAAUAUUAUAAAUUAUUCUGUCCGGUUUACGGAUUGACCAUUUUUAUUUCAAUCCGGUAAAAGGUGAUCGGAGAAAUAUUGGGAAGUAAAUACAUAAAAGAAUUUCAGCUACAACAGAAACAGCAUUUUACACAGGUUUUGGUAUAACGAGAUCUUACACUAACUCGCAAUUAAUCUAUGAACAUGUGUAACCGUUAGAAUUUAUUCCUUUAUUUUGAUUAAUGAAAUCUUGGUUCGUCAUUCGCCCGUUUUCCAUUGCUCCAAUUGUUUUCCCAUUCACUCGUUAUUCACUCAUGGCGGUUACAAGGAAAACCAGACUUCGACGACGCUUCGUUGAAAACUUAUCUAAAUAAAAUAACAACAGUCGUUAUUCUGGUCCGAUUGGAACGAUUUCAAUUUAGGUCCACGCGUCCAAUUUUGGUAUCUCAAUGCAUCUUUUGAGCUCGACUCGUGUUUUUGCUCGUCGACAGAUAAAAAAUUAUUCGCUCGGUAGCAGCCACGGUAAAUGUAAUCUGACUUACAAGUAUUAUACAACGUAGGUAUAGUUAGUACAACUCUAACAACUCGUUUCUCGCAUUAUUUUUACGAUGCUGUGUGUGAACACCGACAACGAAAUGCGUAAUAUACGAUGAACACUUUAUAAAUUGCGUUUUGUUCUACGUCACCGUUCACGGUGUGGAAGUAUACCCUGAGCUCGGAUGCCCAAAAUUGUGGAUCGUGUCAGCCGUUUACUCUGUGCUGGGAUAGUUCGGUAUACCUUUCGUAAAUAAUUCCAUAUGAUCCUAGCAUGAACGUAGCCCAGUAUACAUUUUUCAAUUUUCUCGAAGAGACGGUUCUUUCGUUUUAGAUUUAGAUACAUAUUCGGUUGUCCGGAAAGUCCAUGUCGAUUUUUGGUAGGUGGUACAGGCCUGAAUACAUUGAAGUGGUUGAAAACAAAUAACAUGUAUACGUCCCUUAACACGUUGACCGGCAAACGAAUAUUCUUAAAAAUUUCUGCUAAUAUUAAAUAUUAUUUAGACUACUGAAAUCUAUGUGAUCAAACAUUUAUCGUGGUAUUUAUUUUUCUAACUACAUCAGAAUUCAUGAAUUUCAUUUAAAUUCAUCUCCUUUGAUGUCAACUUUUCAGAAUUAAUCUUUUUAGUUGUUGAGUGAAACCCAUACAUGGGUGACAUGGCAAUCUACAUCCCUUAAAAUGUGAAAAGGUUGUGGAACAAAAUGGCACCUAUGUAAUUCAAUAAAUGUAUAUUAAAAUUCAAACGUGUUUUUGAAUUUUUCUUAGAAAUUGCCACGAACUUUCUGGACAACCUAAUAGUCGCGUAGUAUUAGUAGACGAAACAAAUUAACAGAAGAAAAAGAACGGAUUGCUGUGCUUUUUCUCGAUGUCAACGUCACGUCAGGGCCGGCUUAAGGACACGCGACUCCUUUAGGCCAUAGUGGUUAACACUGGAACUACCAAGCAAGGGUUGAAAGGUUGUUAAAUAAAGUAUAUACAAAUUUU